UUCUAUUAGCUUAUAACCUAGAGUUUUUUGUACAUCAUGCAUCAAGGCAAAGUAGAUAGAUUCUAAACAUUUUCAUUACUGAAGAAAGUAGAAGAAAGUAAGAUGAAAUUUGAGAAUUAUGAUGCCACCCUCCAAAUGUAUCUUGCCUAUAUAUAGCUUAGCUACAUAGUGAUCUAUCCAUAUCAUUUUGCAACAAAUAUAUACUUGCAAAAUCACUAGCUAGCAUUCCGUUCAACACCUUCAUUUUACUAGAUCUCUCUCUUUGUUCUUCUCUUUAGCUAGCAGCUUGAUAAGAAAGAGAUGCCAAGACCAAGAGAUCCAUUGGUUGUAGGGAGGGUAGUAGGGGAUGUAUUAGACCCCUUUAAUAGAUCAAUACCAAUUAGGAUAUCCUACACUUCAAAGGAUGUCACUAAUGGCUGUGAACUCAAACCUUCUGCUGUUGUUAGUCAACCUAGAGUUGAAAUUGGUGGUGAUGACAUGAGGACCUUUUACACUCUGGUUAUGGUAGACCCUGAUGCACCUAGCCCAAGUGAUCCUAGUUUAAGAGAAUAUCUACACUGGUUGGUUACUGAUAUCCCGGGAACAACAGGAGCAACUUAUGGACAGGAAAUCGUAACUUACGAAGCACCUAGACCAACUGUGGGGAUUCACCGAUUUGUUUACGUGUUAUUCCGUCAACUUGGUCGUCAAACUGUGUAUGCUCCAGGGUGGCGUCAAAAUUUCAACACACGAGAUUUUGCUGAAAUUCACAAUCUCGGACUGCCUGUUGCUGCUGUAUACUUCAACUGCCAGAGGGAGAGUGGCUCCGGAGGCCGUAGAAGAUGAGAAGAUAUAUCCUAAGGGGAUCAUGAAACAAAGUAAGAUAUCUUAGUAUCUUACCAAGAAGAUUAAGAACGGCACUAAUACUUUAUAUACUACUAUUUCUAUAUAGAUUGAUCAAAAUAUAUAUGUGAGGGAUGGUUUAUAUGAAUAAAUCUAUCCAUAUAAUAGUAUGAGGGGUGGUUUAUAUGAAUAAAUCUAUCCAUAUAAUAGUAUAGAUAACAAUAAAAAAGCACUCUAUUAAUUCUACUAUGUGCUUAGCGCAAUUCGUUAGAACUCAUCUCAUGACAAGGUUGUGAUUUCAAAUCUCCAUGGAAAUCUGCUCCUUUGAAGGAUGAUGUACAAUCUAAGUUUUGUUCUCAUAGAUGGUGGUUGUUUAAUUUUCAAUUUCAAUGUUGCUUGCUAGUGAUGAUUGCUCUAUAUCGUUUAAUUUUACACAUCCUCCCUCCAUGUCUCUAUGUGGGGGGCUUUGUGUUGUUUCUAUAUUGAAGUGUCUUUUGCUUGUGUUUGUAA